CACCUGAAGCUGCGGCGUCGAAGAAACUCCCUCUGCUAGCGUUAGCUAGCCCCACAUAAUGCAACUUUAACUAUUUUUGUAACAAAAGUAACUGAUGUACAACUUAAAGUUGACUCCUCCGCCUCAUUUAACGGGUAGUAAUUGGCGUUUUAUUUGCCGGCGGCAGCACACAACACAAGUGGUCGUGUCGUGGUUUGUAGAGGACGUAAGAUGAUGAUUGAGAAGCUCACUUUGACCUGUGAUAGACUCCUGUCACACAGGCAGCUCGCAUGUUGUCAGUCUCAUUGUGGCAUACCACUGCAUGGCAAGGAAAUGUUGAUUUACAGUGAUGUCGACAUCGAGCAGAAGCCCCUGCUGCUGACUGGCCACCAUGGUGAGAUCAGCGCCAUGACUUUUGGAAAAGGAAGCAGACCUGUUCUCCUCUGCUCUGCCUCUGCUGAUUAUAUCAUUGUUUGGGAUAUUGAACUGUGCCAGAAGAGAGCGAAGGAGGGUAAAGUUGCAACUGGAAUAGUUAUUGGGACUUUACUGGGUGAAGUUGUUCAUCUUUCAUUCUGUUUCUCUGAUGAACGAGUGGCCGCAUGCUCUGGAGCUACUGUGUAUAUUCUCAGCGCAAAGAGAAAGGAAGUUAUUUCUACCUUGACCGGCCACCUGGGACCUUCAACAUCAGCAGAGUUUUGUCCCUGGAAUAAACACAUUCUCAUCACCACAUCAGAGGACCGCACUUUUAAGGUGUGGGAUUUAAAAACUGGAGCUGUUUGCUACCAGUCUUUUGUGCUUUCAGCCUCGCCACUGCUCAGUGCAUUCUUCGUUGAGGAGACCAGGCACCUUAUCACCGGCUCAACUGAUGGACAGGUGUGGUGCUUUUCUCUCCAUGAUGACCAAAAGUGUCACCUGGGGACUAAAAUGGACCUUCAGAAGAUGGAAAAAAGACAUCAAAUGCACCAAGAGACUGUGAACCAUCAAGCAGGGGGGGCAGAAAAAUCAACUGUAGAUAAAGUGGAGAUGGCAAAACCUGUCCUCAAAAUGGCUUUAUGUAGCUCAUUUACUGACACCAACAAUGAGCAGAAAAAGGACAAGAGCUGGUUAUGUAUUGGAAGCUCUGAUGGCCUGUAUGUGGUGGAUCUGGCAACCUCAGAACUCCUCACAGCACUAUAUUUCACAGAUUACCCAAACCUUAGCAUCACAAUGGCUGGGUCAUGGUCAAUCUCUCCAGGACAGGAUAACUCUAUGGUGUUUUUAGUGAGCUCUUUGUUUACUCCGUGCGUGGUGCUGUUGGAGUUGCAUCUUUGUGACCUAGGGAUGAUCCGGGCUUGUGAUGAAGGCUUUUCAGUGUUCCCAAGUUCUCCUCCACUGCUUGAAUCUCCUCUGAAUGCAGACUUAAAGAAGAAGGAACCCAGUCAUCCUAAAAAGAAAGGAGGAACAAAGGAGCAGCCUCUGGUUUUCCACUCAAAAGUGAAGUCAUCUGGAUACACCAGUGUCCCACGAAGGAUUAUGUUUUCACCUAAAACAAACAUUCAGAAGAAUCCUUCCUCUAAAAAGGCCAACAAAAAUGCAGGUUUAUUCCUCAGAGAUUAUCCAGCGGACAGUGCAGCACCUACUAUUCCACACAUUUAUCUCAGCGUUUCUAACAAACCAGUCUACUGCCUUCAGUAUUCAGGUGAUGGAAAACAAGUCCUGUGUGGUCUUGGCGACAGCUCGGUGUUAUCGUACAAAUCCUCCCUUACUGGCAAUCCAGAUGUCUACACAGGACAUGACAAGCCAGUGAGCAGUGUUAGCUGGAGCCUCGACAGACAGUGGUGGAUGAGUGCGUCAGAAGACCAGUCACUACGAAUCUGGGCCCAUGGCAGCACAGAGCCUGCCAUUAUCAUGAGCGACAGUUUGUUCUCCAAACCCAUACGAGGUGCUCAGUUUUACUACCUUGACAAAUUUCUGCUUUUUGCAUCUGGACCCUCUCUGUACUUGUACCUAUAUAAUUUGGACAUCACACGCGAUGAGAUCAAGAGAUAUCGGCAACGGAGUGUUGUCAAAUUGGCGAGAAGCUUUACAACGACAUCAACAACAGACAUCACUGCCUUGUCUGCAGUCAAUGAUUUCUUCUCUUACAUUGUCCUGCUCUGUGGUUCAGAUCGAUCCAUUCAAGUAUUUGACAUGAACAAAAGUACAGUUGCCUCUGAGCUGCUUGAUGCCCACAGCCGAGCUGUCCACUGCAUUACACAGAACAAGGGCUCGAUGUUCAGCACACAGGCACCAGAUUCAUACAACCUCUUCCUCACCAGUGCAGUCACAGAUGGUGUGAAGAUUUGGGAUCUCCGUACACUUAGGUGUGUACGGCGUUAUGAGAACCAUCUAAAUCGCUGCCAUCCAUGCUCUUCAGCCAUCUCACCAUGUGGCCGGUUCAUUGCCUCAGGCUCUGAGGAUAACUGUGCCUAUGUGUAUGACAUCCGUAGCAGCAGCUACCUCCACAAACUUCGGAAACACUCAGACACAGUGCUCAGUGUGAUGUUCAACCCUGCCACACCAGAGCUGCUGACUGGGACCCUGGAUGGGAAGCUGAGACUGUUUCAGUCCAGCAGUGGGGCCCAUCUCUCUGAUGACACCAGUGCUGCUGUGCAUGGCGUCCCCAACAUGACUGGGUAAUUACAGCAGGCUGCUGCAAAGACCAUGCAGGUUUCGUUAGAGCAGUUCCAACCCCCUGGCUGGGAUUUCAGUGGCAAAGAAAAACAGAAGAGCUUUGUUUUUUGCUGUUUAAUCAAGAUCAAACAUAGGUACAAGUUUGAAAAUUUGUACGUACUCUUGUGUUUUCUUCUACUUCUGCGCUCUAAAUUGUCAAAAGGAGCCACCCAUUUCAUCUCACUCAUUUUUGUUAAACUUCCAGCAUGGAAGUGGUUUGAUUGAGUAUCUUUUACCAGGUUCAUUUAACCACAUUAUCGUGAUGCAACAUUUACUCAAUUUAGUCUGGAUUAGAUAUUUACAGCUAAAUUUGCGGAACACAAUUUUAUUAGCGGUUAUUCCAAUCUGUUCAUGCACAUGCUGAACGCUCAAGAAUCAGAUUUUGUUCGUAGAGUAUGUGGAACAGAUGUACUUCUAUAUUACUGGCUGUGGCCACUACUUAGCAGACCGGCACAAAAAAGCGAUGACAUCAACUGGGUGCAACCUCUUUGGCUGCCAGAGACACAGAUGCUACUACUGUUCAUACUGACGCACCCAUUCACAUUGUUUGAGCUCUGCAUUUAAUCUUCUCUACCUCAGUCACAACAAAAUGUCAGUUACACUCAACUGUAAUAGAAGGAAAUAAAAAAUAUGGGAUUAUAACACUUUGAAAUGAAACAUUUAAAAGGGUUAAAUUGUUAGUAGUGUCUAUAUGAAGUAUAAGUAAAUUGUUAAAUCCUACAUACAUGCAUUUAAUGUGUACUGCACAGUUCUACUCUAGGACCACUUCUGUUUUCUAUUUUUAUUACUGAUCUCCCAUGAUAUUUUUCUGAUUGUUUUUUUCAAUUGUAUGUCAACAAUAUCAUUAUAUAUACAUUUAAACGUUAUUUUUCACAAAUUCAAAAGGUUUUGCAGUCUGACUUUAACAUUGUACAAACUUGGUUGUCAGCCAACAAACUCAACGAAAACCAAGUUUUACACAAUGGUCUUUGGUAUGAGACAGAACCUCAAAUCCAAAUCCAACUCACUGGUUUUAGUUUGUAAUGACACUUAAUCCCUCAAGAAAGUUGAUAAAAUUGAAUAUCUGGAUUUAUGGAUUGAUUCUUGAAAGCACACUUUGAUCAUAUUAUAAAGAAAGUUAAUUUUGGUAUUUGUUUUCUCUAUCUUUUCCAGAUAUGGUUUUCAAAUUUAAUGUCAGGAAGAGACUGACUUCACAAUUUAUAUUACUGAUACUGGAUUGUGCUGACUUUAUUCCUCAAAAUUCUUUUAAAACCAAACUCUCAUUGUCGUUUAUAAUAGUUUCAGAAGAUUUAUAUUAGGAUGAACUGG